GGUCAGUCAGCCAGGAAAAGACAAACUUCUGUUUAAUAUUUCUCUAAAAACUUUUCUUGCAAUUUUCGUCGAAUUUUCUUAUUUCCAUCAUGGCAAAUUUUAUGCAAGAUAGUGUAGUGAAAUUCGCAUGUUCUUGUGGAAUUUUAAAUCCCAUUAUGAAGCUCUAUUUUUGCAGGCAUUGCUUAAAAUUAAGGUGUGGAUUUUGUGUCUGCCACGAAGUGGACUCAAAUUUCUGUUCGAACUGCUUGGAGAAUAUACCUUCUUCGGAAGCUAGACGAAUGAAAAAUCGAUGUACAAGUUGUUUCAAUUGUCCUUGUUGUCAACAUACUCUAUCGGCCAGAGCCACAACUGUUGUUGUACCAAGGAAAACAGAUGAACCACCCAAAGAGGGAGAAACUGAGCAAAAAGUAAUGACCAAGAAGAUGUAUUAUCUAUCGUGCUUGGCAUGCAGAUGGACUUCCAGAGAUGUUGGUAUUCCCGAUCAAACUGUGGCAACUGGGGCAUGGCCAGACAAUGAGUACGCACACCAGACACGCUUCGAUGCUCUUCUCGAGUACUAUCAAUCGGUAGUUCUGCAAGAAAAGCAAGAGAAACAAGAGUACAAUCGCAGGAAGACUCCGAAAUCGCACAAAUUUCCAACCCUGACUGAUCGCACUGGCUUAACGGUGGCAAUUAUUCGGAGGCAAAUGGGCUGGCCUGACAAGAAUCCCCAAAAGGCCAAACAGAUUCAAAUCAGUCCUUCGGCAGCUACUGACGAUGUCGGCGAGUUAAAUCCAUCGAUUUUUACACAGAAAAUCAACAUCAAAAACAUCACUACAAUUCAGCAGCGUCAUGGCCAACCUGCCGAUCAACCAUUUACAGUGAACAACCUCUAUCCGCAGCGGAAGUGUUUGUGGAUCAAACGAUCUCUGCGUUGUCGACAAUGCGAACAUAACGUCAUCAAGCCGGAGUACCAUCCGGGAUCGAUCAAGUAUCGCAUUCAAUUGUUCGCUAAUUAUCAUGUGCCCGAUGUUUUGCUUGUGCGUUGUGAGAAGCCACUGAAGUCUGGCAAGUCCACUCAACUGAUCCUCAAGCUAACGAACCCAACUAUGCAUGAUAUGACCAUAACGAUUAUGGAACUGCCAACCGAGGAAGAGGAACGGCGAAUGAUCGACUUCGAACAACAGGCGACCGUGCCUGCAGCCACAUCGACUCCCUCAUUGAACACAAGUCUAUCGAGACAGACAUCACUGACCGAGGAGCCACGUUGUGUUAAGAGUCCCACCAACGCCAUUCUAGAGAUGUUGGAUUCUUCGUUUGUCCUAAAUCAACGUGACGAUUCUACUGAAUUCGACGAAGAAGUUCAAGUUCAACGAGAGGAACCAAAAUUCAUCACUUGGAGAAAGUCCAAUAAGGUAACAAUAAAAUUGAACUUUACACCUGAAGAAGGACUCAAACCAGGCGAUGAUGUUACUCUUGGCUUCUUGAUGCAAUAUACUUAUGUAAAUACAGUCACAAAUACGCCCGAAAAGAAAGAACCUCAAAAACACGCUUUAUCAUCAAAAGUUUUUGUUAAAGUUGGUCAAAUCGAAGCCUAGGUUUAUUUCUAUUUCUAAAAAAUUAUCGGUUUUGCAAGCAACUUGUUUAUUUAUUUAAAGUUAUAAUGAUUUUUUUUAUAUAUUCUACUGUUUCUUUUUUUUGCUGACUAGGAUUAUUUUUGUUCAAAAUUAUUUAUGCUUUACUUUACCUAUGCGCAGUGUUAAUAAUAAAGGAACAGCUUUCAUCUAAAAAAGA